CGAAACAAACCUGCCUGUCCAUCCCGCCACAUCACACCAGCUUCCAACCACGAAUCAUCACACAACAACUGCUCUCGUGGUUUUGCUCAAAAGGACUUCCUGCUUGCGCGCCGUGUCGCAAAAUACCAUUCGAGCUCACCCAUCCUUCUGCCGCAUAAGACGCACAGUCAUUAUCCCAUAUGUAUUAUCUCUCGUCGAAUAAUAUCCAUCUGACCCUAGAUUCGGUCUUGUGACGCAAUAGGCAUCUCCGUCCACUUUCAAAAUUCGCCGCUUCCCACUUCCACCCGCAACUUUCGAGCUUGCCCCUGCGAACCUUUUUUACCACCGUACUGGCGAAAACCACGCUUGCGGCUCCUAAACCCUCACGCAUCGCCGCAGACACGAGAGGCAAAUACCACAAAGCUGUGCCCCAGACGGCACACAGGCUCGUCGUCGACCUUUUCUGUAUUUUCCCGUCUGUUUUUGCGCCACUAUCAAAAUCUCAGGAGCACCGCAAAAAUGCAGGACUUGCGCAAGAAGACACUGGUGGAGAGCGGCAAGAAGGCUUCCAGAAAGGCACGCGGGUCUGCUGCCCAGACACCCAACACUUCUCCCGGAAACUCUCGCCCAGCCUCGCGGCCAGCCUCGCGCCCUGCGUCUCGGUACGCGUCAGAAAACGAUGAAACUAGCGAUUCCGAUCUUGACGACGUCAUGACUGCAAGCACCAACUCUGUCUCGGAGCUUGACACCCCCGAGUCGUGGGAAGAAAAACUUCGCGGGCGCAUCGCCGAACUCCUGGCGCCGGGAAAGCGCAGCGGCACUGGCCGGACGACUGUGCUGGGUGAUUACGCCCAUCACUUGCGCUACCAUCCCGCUGACAGCGUGGUCAGCAAGUCUAUGGCCAGCAUCCUGCCCUCCCUUGUUAGAAGCAUCCGGAGCGCCAACUCAGACGAGCAGGUCCUUUCGAUGAAGGCACUCGCCGUCACCGCCUUGACGUCACCUUCCGAUGACAUCUACGAGACGUCAUUCCCGGUACUGAAGCAGGUCUGUGAGGACUCUGAGGAGGAAGCCGUCAAGGUGCAGGCGCUCUCCACGAUGGGUGUCGUGGUGGUGUAUGGCGGUGGCGAGGAGCAGGACAUGGACGAGUUCCUCGAGUUCCUCACAUACGUCGCCGAGAGCGACGGCAACCACAUCGGCGCACCCGACAGCGGCAUAGUGGUGACGACAGCCAUGAAAGUCUGGGCUUUUGUGGCAACAAACCUAGAUAACCCCUCAUCGCACAACGAGGAGGCUCUGGAUGCAUUCGUCGAGCAGCUUGAGAGUACAGAUGCCAAUGUGCGAUCAUCGGCUGGCAUCAACAUUGCCUUGCUCUUUGAGGUUUCGCGCGAACUCGAGGAGGAGGGCAACGGCCAGUCCUUGAACCUGUCGGUCGAUCCAAAGUACCUCGUCAAGCGCAUGAGGGAGCUGUCCAAGGGAUCCAAGUCGAUUUCCAAGAAGGGCAGAACUCAGGUGCGGAAUGACCUCGCCAGCGUCAUAACCUCGAUCGAGCUCGGAAAGGGCCCGGGCUGGUCGGCCACCAGCCGCCCGGUAUCAAACCCUCACACUGGCGGAUCUAAGGAGGUGGAUCAGGGCGAUGAAGUCGAGGAGCUCGGGUACCGUGAAAAGCUCAGGAUCAACAAGGACGAGAUAUACGUCAUCGAGUCAUGGGCCGCCAAGGUCCGCAUUGAGCUUCUACAGGAUGUCCUCAAAGGUGGCUUCUCGACACACUUCUCUGGAAACGAGGUAGUCAGGGAGACACUGGGUGACCUGGAGCUGUUUCCCGAUUCCUAACGUGCCGAACGGUGCAAGUGGCACCCGUGUGCAAAACAGUUACCUUGCGAGACCUGGCACGUGAGAUGGAGGAGUAUGGAGUCUAUCGGUUUCUCUGCGGUGUAUUUUUCUCUUUCAGUACCUUUCUUGUCUGACCCCCCAUUUUUGGUCAGUUGUACAUAUCCACUACACCCACCCUGAGUUUCAAUUGCCGGACACUAAUCGGGGGGAUUCUCCUUCUGUGACUGCAUGGGCAACGGCUUCGGUAGAAAACAACCGCAUACACGGUGUUUUACACUUUGUCGAGAGGAUUCCGGCUGUGCUAGACGUAUAGUAACAAAUAACCCCACUAAUGACAUUAAAGUAUUCGAAAUCAAUCUUGAG